AUGAACAACGCCAGCAGAGGCGAGCAUGCUCCAAAAGCGGAACGAAAUAACCAACAUUUGAAAGCACUGUUUUGGGUUCACUUUCACCGAAUGCCAUUCAAGGCGAUUCCAAAGAUGUUGACUGUGGCACUGAUGACAAGAGUCGCAAAAAUAUCCCACUACUAUCCGGCAAAAGGUGGGUUGUCUGAGUACUACAGCCUGCAUAUGAUUAUGCAUCAACGCAUGGUUGAUGCCUCUAAAGAAUUUGUCGCUGAGAUUGGUGCAUAUGUCCAUGGAUAUGGCCAUGACACCAAGAAUAAUAUGGCUGCUCGAACAAUCAAAGGUGUUUACAUGGGACCCACCGACGAUAUUCUAGAAGGACACCGUAUCUAUGAUCUGAACACAAAGUGCGAGGCACGAUAUGCGAAGAUCAAGGUUCUUCCGAUGACGGACCAAGUCAUCAAGAUUAUAGAAGCAGACGCAAGAUUGGAAGGAGUGACGGAAUUACGCACCUAUUCCAGGCGUAAUGGCGAGCUGAUGGAUAAUCGGCGAUGA